AUGUUGACAGAUGCCUCACAGCAGGAGACUGUGGACAGUGUAGACACUGUGGAGAGUGUCGAUACUGGGGAUCAGCCCUUGCCCUCCUCCACUUCUGACGCUGGGACACAGUGUUCUUUGAACUGCGUGGGCACACAGACAUCAUUCGGCACACAAACUUCCACUCCCCUUGCUAGGCCUGAACAGACAGAUGAAGAUGAUGAUAAUGCCUCUGUCAUCAGUGACUUAUCGUGGGUGCCCGAAGAGCCGAUGCAUGAGGAGGACUUGUUUGAUGAGGAGCCACCUUACACGUGUGACCCCCAUCACAAUGGCAUUGACAAAUUCAUUGUUUGCCAAGAGGAGCUGAUGGGCCUUUUUGUCAUCUGUCCGGCCUGUUGUGAGAGGUCAGAUAGUAGCAUCGUGCAGCAGGAAGGAACUUUUCUUAAGAUCAAGCAGGUCUGUGCAUCAUGUGGCUACCACCGUUUCUGGCAAAACCAGCCAAUGCUCCACAGGAACAUGCCGACCUGCAACCUCCUGUUAAGCGGGGCCAUUCAUUUCACUGGAUGUUUGGCCACCCAGACAUUAAGAAUGUUGACUCUGUUUGGCCUGCAGUGCAUCAGUGCGAGCAGUUACUUUCGCCAUCAGCGCGCUACACCAUCCCUGUCAGAUUCUCCUGGGCACUGCGCGAAGUAUGAAUCCUACUCUCUGAUCGAGGACAGAGUGAACAAGGUGGUGGAUGUUCAGCUUGUUCAGUGUUGGCCUGCUGAGGGAAAGGACCUGCAUUUAGCAACGCUGAUCACGGACCGUCAUCGCCAGGUUGCCAAAUGGGUGAGAGAGGAGCUGAGCCCUGAAGGGACACGGCAUUAUUUUGAUGUGUGGCACAUUGCCAAAAGUCUGGGGAAGGCAUUGGAUGCAGCUUCAAAAGAGUGUGACCAACUACAGCUGUGGAGGCCUGCUAUAGUGAAUCACCUCUAUUGGACUGCAGCCUCAACCCCAGACGGCAACCCAGCAGUCAUGGAGGCUAAAUGGAAAAGUUUAGUCAACCACAUCCAAGACAUCCAUGACCAUGACACCCCUGCUUUCUCCAGUUGUGUCCAUGGCCCUCUAGACGGGGAUCAGCGCAACAAAGAGUGGCUGGACCCAGGCUCAUUGGCAGCAGUAAAGUUGGAGAACAUAAUCACGAGGACUGCCUUACUGAAAGAUGUUCGACAGCUGUCUCCACAGCAUCAGACAUUCUCCCUUGAGGCUUACCACUCCCUCAUCUUGCACUUCGCACCCAAGCACACAGGGUUUUCAUACGUUGGGAUGUAUAGCAGGCUUCUCUUAGCGGCACUGCAUUACAAUCACAAUGCCAACCGCGAGACAGCACGGAAAAGUGAUGGGACGGAGAAGUACUGCGUGCGGUAUCCGCGCUUCAGAAAAGGUGCCCAUGUGGUUAUGCAACAUCAUUGAUGAAGGCCCUUCAGGAAAGCUACACCCAUUCACCUGUAGCUCUUCGAGAGGUUAGCGCUAGUUUGUCCUCCGAUGCACCCGCCCCCAUCGCUAAAUCCUUCGAACAGGUUCCUAAGGAGGAGGCCGUCAGCCUCUUCCUAGCCCGGCAGUCACGCUACAAGAGAACCUAAAUUCACAUUAUUAUUAUUAUUUUUUUCCACAGACAAGUCCAAUGAUUUAGUUGUAAGUAUUUAUUUUAGUUGUUAUUUAUCUUCUUUCCUUCUGUCCCUGUCAUCUCAUUUGGUGGUGGUUUCCUGUAUUCUGCAUGUUUUGUGUGUUGUUGCUUUGGUUUUACUUUGCACUAAAUCAUUACUUUUUUUCGUCUUUGUAAGUGGCAUUAAUUGUCGCUGUACCCCAUUCAAGGGGUCCUGCAUGCUGCAUGUCUGCUCCUCUGUCUGUUAUUUGCAUGAAAUUUGUUUUAUGUAAUUCAAAAUAAUUUACCAAGCAUUUUACCUGUGCCUUGUCAACCUCUGUGUACGGUGUUGUCUGGGUUCACUGUGUGUCAGCUUGAUAUGCUUUUGCAUGUAUCACUGCAUAUGCAUUCAUGAAAGAGUGUGAGUGUGUGUGAGUGUGUGUGAGUGUGUGUGAGUGUCUGUGACUGUGUGUGACUGUGUGUGAAUAAGUGAGUGUGAGUGAGUGCGAGAACCAUCAGUUGACCCUCAGGUAAGACCACACUUUUGCAGGCAAAAGAAACAAUGUGCAAAGGUUUCAGGUCUAGCCCUUCAUCAGUGGGCUUUUUUUUAUAUAGAUUUGUUUACUUGCAACCUGUGUCUUUGUUCAGUAAUCCUUGUCCUUGUUCAGUAAAUGUUUAGUAACCCUUACAAGCA